GAUAUAUACAUGUAUCCGCAUUGUUCAAAGCUUUAUACCUAGAGACCAGAGGUCGCCAGCUAUCCUCACCUCCGCCUCGAUAGCAUGUCUUCUUUCCGCCCGUCGUCGCCUCCAGUCACAACUGCGGACCAGGCACUCGAGUUUGACUCGGACAGCUCACAUGAAGCCGGGCAUGUCGUUGAGAGCGACUCGGAACCGGAGAACAUCGCAGGCCUUCCGGCCCCGCGCCCCAAGACUCAUGAGGACCAUGACGCCGAGAGAGAUGUCGUAGUCCAUGGGGACGAGACGUCAUCGUCUCCGGCCGAAGACGGCAUGCUGUUACGAGACCGCCCUAGGAAGACUACGUUUCACGAUGCCGUGGCAGAGAGACAGAUGACGCAGGCUGACGCCAAACUGUUCUACCAGCGAAGCCAACUAGAGCAGUUGAAGACGGAGGAGGGCGCCUGGAGCCAACCCCAAAUCACACCUCACGGCAGCCCCGGAGGCUCUGUUGGCCGGGCAUUCACAAACUUAGCCAACGAGAUUCCAGUCUAUCCUAGCUAUGUCUCUCUGCCGUCUGCUGCGCAGAGCUACAACUUCCCGCACAUUGCUAGCCCGUCCAAUCACCUCCAUAGCCCCGAGAUAGUUCCCCGAACGGCCACACGUCCGUCCCUAGAAGGGCAUACUAGUUCUGGAGCGAUCAGUCGCGCUCAUUACCAUACCUCUGACGACCGCCCCGGGAUGAGUUGGCGGUCCGAUAUGGGUCUUUCCGACGGAGCGCAGUCCGGGAUGGCUGCUGGGGUAGGCGUCGGCGACCCACACGUCACAGCCGAGCUGAGCACCGUAUUUCGGAAUAUUCAGAAGGUGCUGGACAUCCGCCACAGGUAUAUCCGCCUGUCUCUGCAGAGAGACGGCGAUAACCCCAAAGACGAUCGGAGCUGGCACAUCUAUCCACCUCCGCCGGAACCAGCUUGGAACGAAGCCAAUCUAAACACCGAUAGCCAUGGUGUGAACACCGGAAGCAAUAGCCUGUCCAACAGUACCGUUCUCCCCGCCCAUUCUGGGCCACAACGCGUUAGCGACGCCCCUGCGGCAACUGGAACAGAUGCCGAGCGCAAGAAAGGGACUAAAAAGCGCAAGCCUGGCCAUGACAUUGGUGAAGACUUCGACAUGGAUGACCUUCUACCUCUGCCCCAGGAGAGCGAGUUUACCUUCCGCCUCGACGAGAACGGGGUGUAUCAAGUGUUUGAAAACGAUGCUGCGGAUAAGGCCAACACGCCGGUGGUUGGUGUGCCCACGAUCAAGGACUUCUACAUGGAUCUCGAGGAGAUAAUAUCUAUAUCGUCCGACGGACCAAGCAAGAGCCUAGCCUUCCGCCGUCUCCAAUACCUGGAGGGCAAGUUCAACCUCUACGUCCUUCUGAACGAAUACCAGGAGACUGCCGAUACCAAAAGGGUGCCGCACCGCGAUUUCUACAACGUGAGGAAGGUCGACACACAUGUCCACCAUUCUGCCUGCAUGAACCAGAAGCACCUCCUGCGGUUCAUCAAAAGCAAGAUGAAGAAGUUUCCGGAGGAAGAGGUGCUCUUCAGGGACGGUAAAAAGCUCACAUUAAGAGAAGUCUUUGAGAGUAUCAACUUAACCGCGUAUGACCUGAGUAUCGACACCCUAGACAUGCAUGCGCAUACCGACUCCUUCCAUCGUUUCGACAAGUUUAAUCUCAAAUACAACCCCGUCGGCGAAUCGCGGCUACGGACCAUCUUCCUUAAGACAGAUAACUUCAUCAACGGCCGCUACCUGGCGGAAAUUACCAAAGAGGUCAUCUCUGACCUCGAAUCCAGUAAAUACCAAAUGGUGGAAUGGCGCAUCUCGAUUUACGGAAGGUCCCCGGACGAAUGGGACAAGCUCGCUGCAUGGGUGGUCGAUAACAAACUAUUCUCGCAUAAUGUCCGCUGGCUCAUACAAAUCCCACGACUGUACGACGUCUUCAAGGCUACUGGCUUGAUGGAAUCGUACGACCAAGUUGUCAAAAACGUCUUCCAGCCGCUUUUUGAGGUUACCAAGAACCCGGAUAGCCACCGCAACCUACACGUCUUCUUGCAAAGAGUCAUCGGCUUUGAUAGCGUGGAUGACGAGAGCAAAAUUGAGCGUCGUGUUUAUAAGAAAUUUCCGGUGCCGAAGGAAUGGAAUUCUAAACAGAACCCGCCGUACAGCUAUUGGAUCUACUAUCUCUUCGCCAACAUUACCUCACUCAACUUCUGGCGUCGCCAACGUAACUUCAACACGUUCUUGCUCCGACCACACUGCGGAGAAGCAGGCGAUAGCGAACAUCUUGCUGUUGCAGUACUAUGUAGCCAUAGCAUCAGUCAUGGGCUGCUUCUCCGAAAGGUCCCUCUCCUGCAGUAUAUCUUCUACCUCGAGCAGAUCGGCAUUGCCAUGUCCCCACUCAGCAACAACGCCCUCUUCCUAGCGUACGAGAGGAACCCGUUCCACCAAUAUUUCCGACGUGGCUUAAACGUAUCCCUUUCCACCGACGACCCCCUUCAAUUCGCGUUCACGAAGGAACCGUUGAUGGAGGAGUACGCCGUCGCAGCUCAGAUCUACAAGUUGAGUCCCGUAGAUAUGUGCGAGCUCGCCAAGAAUUCGGUCAAGCAAAGCGGCUAUGAGAAUUAUAUAAAGCAGCAGUGGUUGGGGGAGCGGUUCAAUCAACCGGGAAAGAAGGGCAACAAUAUGGCUAAGACCAACGUGCCGGACAGAAGAGAGGAAUUUAGGUACCACACAUGGGCCGAAGAGCACCGCAUGAUCUCCAGCUAUACCUCGGGGGCUGGACUGCAGGAGGUGCUCGAGCACCGCCCGGCCGCGAUUCCUAACAUGAACCUAGCAUCGCCAACCCCGUCAGCCAAGACAAACCUAGCCAGCGGGAUGACUGCGGCGGAUCCAAAGUCACACGGCCCGCUUUAGUCUCGCGAGCCCGAAGGGUUGGCUGCCGCGUCCCGGGCCACAAGCCGAAGCCAACGGUCCCUCUCCCGAUAUCCCUCUUCCACCCACCCGCCCUUGCCCCGGAAGCGCGCGAGAGGGAAUACACCAACGCAGUGAGUCGACUAAAUUAGAACAUGUGUGCUCGGCUCUGCGAUGGUUGAACUUUAACAUGAGAAAUGCCGAGGAUGGAGUGCGUAACGGUUGUCUGGGCGCUCAAUAUUUAUCGCGAGACUCUACCGAUGUAGGGAGGUAUGCUGCGACCACUGCUGGGUCCUAUAGUUUUACGUCCCGUCAGGUAUUGGCGGCUGUCGGCCGACGUAACCGCCUGGAAAGAUGGUAUUUAUACAACCUGGCUUCGUAGACAUUGGCUGAAUGUAUUGCACACGCAGAAUCUGGGGGAGUCGCCCUCAUCUCAAACAGAGAUCCAAGUUUCCUAUAUAAAAAUAUUCAAGGUACCUGCAUCAGCAGCUUCUGUACCCCGGACCCUCUUGCGGCUCAUGUUUAGGAGGUAUAAAAGUAGGAAAGCAGAGCCUACGGCUAACAUAAAAUAUACCUACCAAGACCCCGAGCUGCUCAGCUUUCGUAUAAGAUAUUUGGUAGGUAGGUAUAUUUAUAUAAUAUAAAAUAAAAGAUGAAAG